CCCUCUGGCUGCCUAGGUUUGCUGGGGCUCAGCAGGGUUUUGCAGCCGCCUGGCUACGGCGCUUUAGUGCGGGGCGGGAGCUCAAAGAGCCGCGGCCCGGAUCCCGGAGCCGGGAGCCCGCUGCCCGCCGAGCUGCGGCGGCCGUAUCUGGGGCGAUCUCGGUCCUACCGACACUGUGGCCAGCUUUCAGAGGCUUCUGCAUCCGUCCGGUCCCAGGGAGGAGAGGGCCAGACACUUUUAUUUUGGAUGAAAGGCGUGGGUCCUGGCAGGAGCUUCCCUCCGGGCCUGGCUUGCGGCUCAGUGCGCCCUAGCUCUGGCCCCGACUCCAGAAGAUGACUUCAGUCUCUGUCGUGUAUCUUCCAGUGGUGACGGCUCACGGAGGCAAGCGAAAGUAGUGGCACUUGCUGGCAACGCCAGGUGGGAAAGUGAGCCUAGGCGACGAGGAGCCGGGCUGUCCCCGUGGCCCCUGGUGCCCACAGCUCCUUGUCUUUCCUUCCCUUCGGCUCCCCGGCGGCUGCAGCAUGAAGUGGCGCAGCGAUGGCCAGAAGAGGUAAGAAGCCGGUGGUGCGAACGUUGGAAGAUCUGACACUGGACUCGGGUUAUGGUGGUGCGGCGGACUCUGUGCGCUCCUCCAACUUGUCUCUGUGCUGUUCUGACUCUCACCCGGCGUCUCCGUAUGGCGGGAGCUGCUGGCCGCCUCUAGCUGACUCCAUGCACAGCCGGCACAACAGCUUCGACACCGUCAACACUGCCCUGGUGGAAGACUCCGAGGGGCUGGACUGCGCCGGCCAGCACUGCUCGCGGUUGCUGCCGGACCUCGACGAGGUCCCCUGGACCCUCCAGGAACUGGAGUUGCUGCUGCUGCGCUCCCGGGAUCCCCGGGCAGGCCCAGCGGCCCCCGGCAGCCUGCCCAAGGACGCACUGGCCAAGCUCUCGAUGCUGGUAAGCCGGGCUCUGGUGCGCAUCGCCAAAGAGGCGCAGCGCCUGAGCCUGCGCUUCGCCAAGUGCACCAAGUACGAGAUCCAGAGCGCCAUGGAGAUUGUGCUGUCCUGGGGCCUGGCGGCGCACUGCACUGCUGCCGCGCUGGCCGCGCUGUCCCUCUACAACAUGAGCAGCGCUGGCGGCGACCGCUUGGGCCGUGGCAAGUCGGCGCGCUGCGGCCUCACCUUCUCCGUGGGCCGCGUGUACCGCUGGAUGGUGGACAGCCGCGUGGCGCUGCGCAUCCACGAGCAUGCCGCCAUCUACCUGACCGCCUGUAUGGAGAGCCUCUUCCGGGACAUCUACACGCGGGUGUUGGCCUCCGGGCUACCUCGUAGCUGUAGCGGUCCCUGCCCUGGCUCCAGCUCGGGUUCUGGCCCAGGCCCCGGCUCAGGCCCGGGUGCUGUCCCUGCCGCGGAUAAGGAGCGCGAGACGCCUGGAGGGGGAGCGGCGAGCGGUGGCCCUUGCAGCGCAGCCAGCAGCGCCAGCGGGGGCAGCAGCUGUUGCGCCCCGCCAGCCACGGCGGCGACCGCAGUCCCGCCGGCCACAGCCACAGCCGCCGCCGCCGCCGCCGCCAACCACCACCACCACCACCACACGCUUCACGAAGCGCCCAGAUUCACUGUGGAGACCCUAGAGCACACGGUCAACAACGACUCGGAAAUCUGGGGGCUGUUGCAGCCCUACCAGCAUCUCAUCUGUGGGAAGAACGCCAGCGGUGUGCUGAGCUUGCCAGAGAGCCUGAACCUGCACCGAGACCCACAGCGGCCCAGCAAGCCUGGAGAACUACCCAUGUUCAGCCAGUCGGAGCUGAGGACCAUCGAACAGUCCCUGCUGGCCACACGUGUGGGCAGCAUCGCCGAGCUCAGUGACCUGGUGUCCCGGGCGAUGCACCACCUGCAGCCCCUCAAUGCGAAGCACCAUGGAAAUGGCACGCCCCUGCACCACAAGCAGGGGGCGCUCUACUGGGAGCCAGAGGCCCUGUACACACUCUGCUACUUCAUGCACUGCCCACAAAUGGAGUGGGAAAAUCCCAACGUGGAACCCUCCAAGGUCAACCUCCAGGUGGAAAGGCCCUUCCUCGUACUGCCCCCUCUGAUGGAGUGGAUCCGAGUGGCCGUGGCGCAUGCCGGCCACCGCCGCAGCUUUUCUAUGGACAGCGAUGAUGUCCGCCAAGCCGCCCGGCUGCUGCUGCCGGGUGUGGACUGCGAGCCGCGCCAGCUCAAGGCAGACGACUGCUUUUGCGCUUCUCGGAAGCUGGACGCAGUGGCCACUGAAGCCAAGUUCAAGCAGGACCUGGGCUUCCGGAUGCUGAACUGUGGACGGACCGACCUGGUGAAGCAGGCAGUGUCUCUGCUGGGGCCCGACGGGAUCAACACCAUGAGCGAACAGGGCAUGACCCCCUUGAUGUACGCCUGCGUCCGUGGGGACGAGGCGAUGGUGCAGAUGCUGCUGGAUGCCGGAGCUGACCUGAAUGUGGAGGUUGUCAGUACUCCUCAUAAAUAUCCAUCCGUCCACCCCGAGACCCGCCAUUGGACGGCUCUGACUUUUGCUGUGUUGCAUGGACAUAUUCCUGUAGUUCAGCUCCUCCUGGAUGCUGGAGCCAAGGUAGAAGGCUCGGUGGAGCAUGGCGAGGAGAACUAUUCAGAAACUCCGCUCCAGCUCGCCGCCGCUGUUGGGAAUUUUGAGCUGGUUAGUUUGCUGUUGGAGCGUGGUGCGGAUCCCCUGAUAGGAACCAUGUACAGGAAUGGAAUUUCUACAACCCCCCAGGGUGACAUGAACUCUUUCAGCCAGGCCGCAGCCCAUGGACACAGGAAUGUGUUCCGCAAACUGCUCGCUCAGCCAGAGAAGGAGAAGAGCGAUAUCCUGUCCCUGGAGGAGAUUCUGGCUGAGGGGACAGACCUGGCAGAAACAACCCCGCCCCCCUUGUGCGCCAGCCGCAACAGCAAGGCCAAACUGAGGGCCCUGAGGGAGGCCAUGUAUCACAGCGCUGAGCAUGGCUACGUGGAUGUCACAAUUGAUAUCAGGAGUAUAGGUGUCCCGUGGACUCUGCACACGUGGCUGGAGUCACUGCGGAUCGCCUUCCAGCAGCACCGCAGGCCUCUCAUCCAGUGUUUGCUCAAGGAGUUCAAGACCAUUCAGGAAGAAGAGUACACGGAGGAGCUCGUCACCCAAGGCCUGCCCCUGAUGUUUGAAAUCUUAAAAGCAAGCAAGAAUGAAGUGAUCAGCCAGCAGCUGUGCGUCAUCUUCACACACUGUUAUGGUCCCUACCCCAUUCCCAAGCUCACGGAGAUCAAGAGGAAGCAGACGUCACGCCUGGAUCCUCAUUUUCUUAACAAUAAAGAAAUGUCUGAUGUGACCUUUCUGGUAGAGGGAAGACCCUUCUAUGCUCACAAAGUGCUGCUGUUCACAGCCUCUCCCAGGUUCAAGGCCCUCCUCUCCAGCAAGCCAACAAACGACAGCACCUGCAUAGAGAUCGGCUAUGUGAAGUACCCCAUCUUCCAGCUGGUCAUGCAGUAUCUCUACUACGGUGGCCCAGAGUCACUUCUCAUCAAAAACAAUGAGAUCAUGGAGCUUCUAUCUGCCGCUAAAUUUUUCCAACUGGAGGCCCUGCAGCGGCACUGCGAGAUUAUCUGUGCAAAAAGCGUCAACACUGACAACUGUGUGGACAUCUACAGCCACGCCAAGUUCCUCGGGGUCACAGAGCUCUCAGCAUACUGUGAAGGCUACUUUCUUAAAAAUAUGAUGGUCCUCAUCGAAAAUGAAGCAUUCAAGCAGCUCCUGUACGACAAAAAUGGCGAAGGCUCUGGCCAGGAUGUGCUUCAGGACUUACAGAGGACGUUGGCCAUUAGGAUUCAGUCCAUCCACCUGUCGUCCUCCAAGGGUUCCGUGGUAUGAAACGCCUCCAUGUGGCAAAGGCUUCCCAGAAGCAAGAUUUCUGGUUCCCUCCUGCAUUGGCUCCACAAAUAAAAACCACACGACACAAAUUGUCCCUGGCGUCUAUUUCUGCUGGGCCAAGGAGCUGCCUCCACUGCCUCAGCCGCUGUCCAGUCAGCCAUCUUGGCUUCUGUGUGCUCCUGAGUGAAGACCCUUCCGUGAGUCUGCAGGUUAGAUUGUAGCCGGGUCCAGAACCUGCAGGCCAACUCGAAGCAGCCAAGCCACCUCCAAUGAAAAGUGCCCAGGAGCCAUGGACACCCACUGCCGAGGACCACGGUCUAACAGAUGGACCAAGGCUUAAAGGUCCCUCUGCUUCUUGGUUGACUGCUGAAAAACUCAACGGUACAACCUUGAAAAGCAUCACGUGGCACACGAAUGACUUUGGAGGCUAGCCUUGCUCAAGCAUCAGCCUUGGUGGCUAGCUGUUGAUGCUGUCGCUCAGCAUGAGGAAAUCACAUGGCCAAUUUUUAGGGGUGGGAACUUUUUAAAAAUGUUCAUGUAUAGCAAACAGAGCAGUCUCGUAGUUUCAAAUAUAUUUCUAAGAGCUUAAGUGUUCAUUUUCAACAAAAUUGUGUUCAGGGAAUCUGUGUUUGGGGUUCUUUUCUUCUCUUUUUAGACAGUAAAUUGCAGGUUCAUGCCGUGUAAACUUGCAUCUGACAAAUUCCUGCUGAUACUCUACAAGGUCACAUAUUCCUGCCUUAGUGAUUCGAUCAUGGUUAAACAGAAGAGGUGCACUGCCAAAUAUCUCUGUCUCGAAUCCAAUAGUUGACAAUAACCUGCAUGCUGAUUGUGGUUUUAGGGUGAGACUAGGAUACCCCCACAUAACAAACAUGCACUUGCAUGUCCCAGACCUGUAAAACAUCAUGUUGUGAUUUGUUUUCUUUUGCCAAAGUAAAUACGUUCCCUUGCUUCUUGCUAAAAGCCCAUUUGGUGAAACAAACCUAUUUGUUUCUUUUCCUGAUUAUGAAUGGCUCUGGGGAUGCUUUUACAGGAAUAUGUUCAUUUCUGAUACUGAAUAGGGGUUGGGGAAGCACGUCAGAGAAUUUACUAUUAAUCUCAGAGCUUUAUCUGUAUUCUCAGAAGAUGUUCAUAGUUUGUUACUAGCCAGAGAGUAUGACUAUGUUAGAUUAUUUUUAAAGAUGAAAAAUAUAUGAUAGAUAGGCUUGACACUUCCUGCAUUCCGAGAGUGUACAGUCUACAAUUAUCUAUGAGGAAAGUUUAUAUUGGCAGGGUUAUGUUUACUCUGCCAUAUAAUAUAUAUACAUAUAUAUGUGUGUGAGUAUAUAUAUGCAUAUAUAUUGCAUAUAUAUAUAUAUAUGCAAACCAGAUUGGUAAAGUGCCACAAUACUCCAAAUAAUUCUUGAGUUGCGGCCUUUUUGCUUCUUGUUCUUUAUUUUGAAUCCUAGACACAUUACGGUAAAAGCUGGGAGGGUGACUUUUAUCUCUUGGGAUGGCAAAGUUUUGUUGAUAAACCCUUUUCCUAGCAUGCUUUUGGGAAGUUGCGCCAAACCCUAGAGUCUAAAGGAACUUGGAACUUCCGCCUGUUGUCCGACACCGUCAGCUCCUGUCAAGGACCCAUGUCCAGUCUUGUUUCACGGGUGUGGUGUGCAAGGUACCCAGUUUGAGCCUGUCCUCAGCAUCACCCCUUUGUGACACAAGUCCCUGAGGCCUCUCUUCCAUGUAGUCAUCUGGGAGCCUACCCAGCCCUGCCAUCAAGUGAGGAAGGGAACAACUGUUGACGUGACAACCAGGUCACACACAGGGGGGCACACUGGCGCUUGUCUUCAGGGAUGCUGCUCUCCAACCCAGCUGACUUCUCUGUGAAUGUCCUCUGUGAAUGACCUCCAGGUGUUUAUCUGUACAUUGGUAACUCCCACCCAGGCUUCUGUUACGAUUUGGUGUGCUUUCUCUGUCAUUAAAAGAAAUUAUUUCCCA